AUGGAUUUGCUGCGCCUCCUCCUCAUCCUGCUGGCCAUGUGCUGUCCUGCGUACGGCACAUGGGACAGCUGUGGAGGGACCUGCGGGCUCCGGCCCAUGGCUUUUCAGUACGGCAUGUCGCGCGUCGUGGGUGGCACAGAUGCCCAGGCAGGGGCCUGGCCCUGGAUCGUCAGCAUCCAGAAUCCCUGGCAAGCGGGCACGGGUCAUACCUGCGGAGGCUCCCUCAUCAGCGCACAGUGGGUCCUGACAGCAGCCCACUGCUUCAUCGAGGCCAGCUACAUCACCAUGUGGCGCGUGGUGAUCGGUGCCACGCGGCUGACUCAGCUGGGCCCUGAGGCCCAGGUGCGCAACAUCAAGCGGCUGCUCCUUCACCAAGGCUACAGUAACAUCACGCAGAGGAACGACAUUGCCUUGCUGGAGCUGGACCAGCCUGUGCAGUGCAACGCCUACGUUCAGCUUGCCUGCGUGCCCGAUGCCUCGCUGAGAGUCUCGCAGCUGAAAAACUGCUACAUCAGCGGCUGGGGUGCCACGACUGCAAGAUCUGGACGAUCAACGGAUGUGCUGCAGGAGGCCCAGGUCCGCCUCAUUGAUGUCAACGUCUGUAACAGCAGCCGGUGGUACAGAGGGGCCAUCCACACGCACAACGUCUGUGCUGGCUAUCCGCAGGGCGGCAUUGACACCUGCCAGGGGGACAGCGGUGGGCCUCUCGUGUGCCAAGACAGCAGUGCAGACUACUUCUGGCUUGUUGGUGUCACCAGCUGGGGGAGAGGCUGUGCCCGAGCCAGGCAGCCCGGAGUCUACACCUCCACUCAGCACUUCUACGACUGGAUCCUGCUACAGAUGGGCCUGCGCCCAGCAGUGAGGGCUACUCCAACAGCACGCGCUUGGAGUCAUUUUGUCACCACGUCAAGCCCCGUUCCGAGGCCAAGGCCCACAGCAGCGCAGUCGGGCGGCUCCUGCCCAUUUCCAGUCCAGAAGCUGCUGGACUUCUUUAGCCGGCUGCAGGAGCUCCUGCAGUACCUAAGGGGAAAAACGGUGUGA